CCCCUCCUCUUCCUCUUCCCCAUUACUGGUGGAUGCUAGGCUCGCUGGUCGCUGUUGCAUGUCGUAUUGCACUCCCAGUCAAAAGUUGUUUCGUCCGGUUUUACCCCAAAAAUAUUCUUUUCGGGGGAUAUCCGACUGCAGCGCAAUUUUAAAAAAAAGAAAGAAGAAAGAAAGAUGGGAUGUACUCUGAGCACGGACGACAAGGCGGCGCAGGAGCGGAGCAAGAUGAUCGACAGGAACCUCCGGGACGACGGAGAGAAAGCUGCCCGGGAGGUGAAGCUGUUGCUGCUCGGUGCUGGCGAGUCUGGGAAGAGUACAAUUGUUAAACAGAUGAAGAUCAUCCACGAAGCAGGCUACUCAGAGGAGGAAUGUAAGCAGUACAAGGCGGUCGUCUACAGCAACACCAUCCAGUCCAUCAUUGCCAUCAUCAGAGCCAUGGGGCGCCUCAAGAUCGACUUUGCCGACACAGCCAGAGCGGAUGACGCGCGGCAGCUGUUCGUGUUGGCCGGCUCGGCCGAGGAGGGCUUCAUGACCGGCGAGCUGGCCGGGGUCAUCCAGCGGCUGUGGAAGGACGGAGGAGUGCAGGCGUGCUUCAGCCGCUCCCGAGAGUACCAGCUCAACGACUCGGCGGCGUACUAUCUGAAUGACCUGGACAGGAUAUCACAUGGGGCUUACGUGCCCACCCAGCAGGAUGUGCUGAGGACCCGAGUGAAGACCACUGGCAUCGUGGAGACACACUUCACCUUCAAGGAUCUGCAUUUCAAAAUGUUCGAUGUCGGCGGCCAGCGCUCGGAGAGGAAGAAGUGGAUCCACUGCUUCGAGGGCGUCACCGCCAUCAUCUUCUGUGUGGCUCUCAGCGACUACGACCUCGUGCUGGCCGAGGACGAGGAGAUGAACCGAAUGCACGAGAGCAUGAAGCUUUUUGACUCCAUCUGCAACAACAAGUGGUUCACGGACACCUCCAUCAUUCUCUUCCUCAACAAGAAGGACCUGUUUGAGGAGAAGAUCAAAAAGAGCCCCCUCACAAUCUGCUACCCAGAAUACACAGGCUCCAACACCUACGAGGAAGCGGCGGCCUACAUCCAGUGUCAGUUUGAGGACCUGAACAAGAGGAAGGACACCAAGGAGAUCUACACCCACUUCACCUGCGCCACCGACACCAAGAAUGUGCAGUUUGUGUUUGACGCCGUCACCGACGUCAUCAUCAAAAACAACCUGAAGGACUGUGGCCUUUUCUGAAGGUGAAUGUGUGAUUCUUGUUCUGCAUCACGAAGGAGGAGUAUUAGAGCCACACUGAAAAAAGUCACUGCACUGCGAGAUUCAAGUUUGUCAUCUUAAAGUUGUAUUCUUGCGCGAAUAAGGCCAUAUAUUUUCCAGAUUCAAAGUUGGAUAUUUUCAUUUAAAAAAAAAAAAAAAAAAAAGGAUUUUGUCAAGUAUAUUUUCAAGAAUAAAGUCAUAUUUUAGAGAAAAUAAAAUGACAUCUCAAAAACAGGACUUUUUAUCUCAGUACACGGUUCUUUAUCUAUUAUUACUCUAACCUGGAAAAUAUAGAACUUUUUCUCAAAAGUGUAUACUUUAUUCUUGUAAUAUUUCCAUUUUAAUCUGAAAUCUAAAAAGGUUAAAUAUUUUUUUUAAAUUCAGACAUACAACUUUUUCCUCCUAAAAAUUGAGUUUGUCCUUGUAAUAUGAUAUUAAAUUCCGAAUGUACGGCUUUAUGCUCAUAAGAUUCUGACUUUAAUCUUGAAAAUAUUCUUCUUUUUAUCUCGAAAGUGUAACUUUUUCUCAAAUAUUGGACUUUGUUCCAGUAAUAUUACAACUUUGAUAUAAAAAACAAAAAUAUAAAAAAAUAAAAAAGAAUAAUUGACUUUAAUCUCCAAUACCUGUCUACGUAUAUGCUCUAAAGAUUACGAUUUUCAACUUUGACACCCCCCAAUUAUGCGACAGUUUCUCAUUAUAUCCCAACUUUAAUCUCAAAAAAUAUACGGACUGUACUUUUUUCAGUGUGUCCCUCGUACUCAUUGGUACUAUCUAACUAACCGCGUGGUCAUGUUGUUGUUGCCGUUACUGUGUUCAGGCAGCCCGGCGGUCCUGCUGCCCGGACUUGACUUUACUCAACGAGCGUCUGGCCUUCACAGACCCCCGCUGACAAAUGUCACUUUUAUCGUCUUAUUAACUUAUGUUCAUCUCUCAAAAGGUUUUAACGGCGGCGUGUAGACGAGAAACAUUUUGUGUAAAAUAUUUGUACAACUGUCUAAUGGCAGGUUUUUUCCCCCCCCACCACCUUUUUAAAAAUGUGCUCCUUUGACCUAUCAUGUUUUAUUUUGGCUAUAUUAUCUUCUUCCCCCCCCCCCCCCCCCCCCCCCUCAUCUCUGAAUGAACACUUUGUUUACUUUCAGCAUGCCUUAGUUUCCUUCUGUUGACUUAGAUGUUAGCUUCAUGUGCUAGAUGUUGUUACCAUCUAACCUGCAGUCUAUUUGUUUCGUUUUUGUUUUUACUUGUUUUCCCUCCUUGGACAAACCAAGUACGACCAAUUUGCUCCACAGGCCAAAUUCCCCUCUGACAUACUGUGAGAGCCAUUUGAACCUUUUCAGCCGGUUUGCAUGUGUGCUCGAGACCAAAAGCCUGUGAAUGUGUUUUUUCUUUUUUUUCUUUUUUUUUUUCGUGUGCGUGUGUGUGAGUGAGAGAGAGUAUGCACAAUAUCAAAACAAAGGGACUUCAUUCCUCUUGGUGUCAUCCUCCUCUUUCAAAGUUGUAUUUUUCUAAGCGACCGAAAAGACGCUAACGACGACGAGCAACAUUCCCGAUUGAAGGACGAAGCUUUGAAAGGAAGGAUGUCUUUGUAGCACACAAAAGCAGAAGCGCACGUAGACGGUGUGUGUGUGUGGCGUACACGGCCGAGAUCUCGGUGAUGGUUUCACGUUACAUAUCCUGCACACACACACACACACACACACACACACGCCCACCCCGCAGCUGUAGAUUUUCCAUCGGAUGGGGACUCAUCUGUGGACUAAUCUCCAUGAUUUUUUUGCUAAUAAAAGAGCUGCUGUGGUGAAACCAUGGCAACUUAUGCAACAAA